UCUGUUGUUCAGUUUUAUCUCUACUGGCUAUGGAGUGAACUGCGUAUGAGCGCACAUAACGACGACUGGCAAAGAAAGAAAUGCGAGAAGUACGGCCAGGAGAGUGAAGGAGUUCAGACAUCGCAAAUGUCACGUGAAAGACUUCUGUCUAAUUAUACACCUGUGUACGUGUGUUGAGUCCGCAGUAGCGAAAACCCUGCCUACACAUAUACAUCGCAGUUUCAACGAAACCAUAAAUUUGGAGCUUUGUGAGUUAAAAAAAUACCCAGAUACAUUUGUAAAAAUGGUAAUGGUCGCGAAUGGCGGUGUCCUGUUCUUUUGGAAUAUAUUUCUUGACUUUUUAUGAAAUCCGAUCGUCUUCAAGUUCAGUUUCCGCUCUGUCUUUCACCGUGCAAAAGAAAACUGGAAAAGGAGAGAGCAGAAUGAAAAGCACGGGGUUGCUUCUUGGUUACUUUUUGGUCAAAGUUCUGGCGCUGGUGUGCAACGCAGAGGGUGAAACCGGACAGCAGGUCGAGGGCUUCGUGGUGGUUUCGGGGUCCAACGGAUCUAGAGACGGGGAGAAUGGCUUCUCUGAACCCCCCCACACAGAAGACAAAUGCCGGGGAUACUAUGAUGUGAUGGGCCAGUGGGAUCCGCCGUUUGUGUGCAAAACGGGCAAUUAUUUGUACUGUUGUGGGACCUGUGGCUUCCGAUUCUGCUGCGCGUUUAAGAGUUCGCGGUUGGAUCAAAGCACCUGCAAAAACUACGACACCCCUGUAUGGAUGAUGACAGGUCAAACCCCAUUCAAGAAGAACGACCCGAGACACGACCCCACCAAGGAUAAAACCAACUUAAUCGUCUAUAUCAUUUGUGGAGUUGUGGCUAUCAUGGCACUUGUUGGGAUAUUCACAAAACUCGGACUGGAGAAGGCACACCGACCUCAGAGGGAAAACAUGACCAGAGCUUUGCAGAAUGUGAUGCGCCAGCAAGGCCCAUGUCCAGGAGAGCAUCUAGAGCGGGAAGAUAACUUGGGCAUGCACGUGCAGCACUACGAGAACAUGCAGGCCAGAACCAAGGCAAAUAACCUACAGGGAACACAGAUGAACAACGUUGGUCCUGGCUCACCUCUGCUGCCCACCAUGUCCCAGCCCCACUCAUACCCUGCACUGAGCCAGCUCGCCCAUCCAUACGACCAACAGCAGCCCAGCAAGGAGCUCAACAAAUACGCCUCGCUCAAAGCAGUGGCGGAAAAGGCCAACGACGACUUCUACAGCAAACGCCGGCAUCUGGCUGAACUGGCAGCUAAAGGCAGUCUCCCCCUGCACCCCAUGCGGCUCGACCAUGACCCCGGGGCCCCGUACAGCCCUGAGAUGCCUUGCCCUAAGCAGAAUGGACACAAGUCUAAAAGCAGCAAGGGCCACGGCCCCCACCCUCUUGGCUACAGCUCCAACACCAUCGCUAACCCCGGGAUGCUAAAGGGCUGGAACGGAACAGAGAGCGUGGGCCGCCGUAAGAGUUAUGGCCCCAAGAAGCACUGCACCGUGGAGCAGGUCAACGAGCUGCACACCUCCCGCAGCCAGCACUACCUGCCCCCGCAGCCAUACUUUGUCACCAACAGCAAGACGGAAGUGACAGUGUGAGAGGGCCUAACCCCUGUAAACCCAGCAGUGAGAGAGAGAGAGAGAGAGAGAGAGAGAGAAAAAAGAGCGAGAAUGAUGAGGUCCAGGAUGGGGGGGGGGUCCCUCAGAGGUCUGUCCUGGGGUGUGGGUGUGAAUUAAAGCCCUUGAGGAGAGGCCCCCGGUUCAGUGUGUCUGCAGAGGUGUGUGUGUCAUUUUGCGUGUGAUUUCUGCAUGCGACAAGCAUGCAUGGGACUCCUGUCAGGGAGCAAAACCAUGACAUCAUUGCAGAAAAAAUACAUUUACAGUGUUUAUACUUGUAAUCAUCGCUAAACUAAUAAUAAUAUUAUUAUUUAUAAUAAUAAAUAAUAAUAAACCAGUAUAAUGAGAUCAAUAGUAAUAUCAAUGAUAUCAAACAAGAGAGACUUCCAUGAAAGGAUGAACCAAAAUACACAAGCAAUACAGAAGUGGUGGGGAGGAAUUGGAAAACAAUGGGAAUGGAAAUGUGUAUCAAAGACUGCACAAACAGCAGUUGGAGCAUUCCUACAAAAUCUGCUGAAUAAAAGCUGGUUUGCAUUUGAAUCCACAGUUGUGGAUUAGAGUGAGGUAUAUUUGUUCUCUUAGAGCAACAAGGGAGAAAGGGAAGUCAGUGUGGAGAUGCUGUCCUCACCGUGGAUGGAAUUUUUCCUCUGAUAUUUGGAUUCCAGCAGUGAGGUAUUGUUUGCUUUUGUAUGUGUUGUCCUAAGUUAAAAUCUGUUUUCCUAUGAAUCGUAGCACAGAGAAUGGUCAUGGUCUAUGGUCUAUGACCUACUAGGAGACAGAGGGUGAUUACGGGACAGGCAGGCCGAGGCUUCAUCUCUGGCCAUCACCAGUUUAUUGCUGAGGCUGAAGGAUCACAGCACAAGGAAUUGAGAGACACUAGACUUGGCGGUGAACACGCCAACAUGCUCUGCUGAUAUACCCCUUGGACUCCGUCCUCAUGCCGUUUGGGCUAUGCCUUUCUCGUGCUCUUAAGAACUUCUCCAGGAAUCUUUUGUCUCUGAGCCAAACUCACAAAACUCUGCAGAUGUUGAGUGCUGGGGGCAAAAGUACAUAACAAACAAAGCUAAAGGACUAAAUCUCAAAUACAUCCUCAGUCAUCACCAUACAUUGGGAUUUGGGAUCAUGAUUAGCCCAAUGUCAAUGUGUUUGUUUUGUUUUUGUUCAUUUUCUGUAACUUUGGGUCCCUCCAUUUCACAGGAAGUAAUACAUCUUGAAUGGGGUGUUCCUAUUUCACCUAAUUUCCAGAUUUUUAUUUUGAAAGUCAUUGCUGACAGAUAAGUUUCUUAUAAUCAUGUUCCACAUUCCACAAGGUUAACAAAGUCAAACCAAACAACUCCCUUUGGAGUGGGCUGCUGUAUGUUCAGAUGAAACCAGGGUGGUGGAAAUAUUUCUAGGAAAAAACCAUGAUGAUGAAUCAACAAAUCAUAAAUGUCAAUAUUCAAAGUAUUUAAGUAAUUAAAUUUAACUAAUCCUAUGUUGUGCACUAAGACUCACCCUGCUAUAGUUCAGCUAGACAUUUUGUAUUACUUGCAAAAAGAUCCCUGAUGUUUUUGAUCUUGCAAUUGAUGUGUCAUAAUUACUAUCAAUUCUCUACCCAACGCAUACAGUCUAUAUAGCACAUUGUGCUGAGCCAUGCCUUUUAAGUGUUUUCUUUUUCACAGUUAUCCUCCAUUCCUGAUAAUGCUUAAAAUAUGGCCUUUGUAUGGUAUAGUACAAAAUGGUGUCAGAGGACUGCUGACACUAGAUCUUUCUUUUUAAUCUGUGAUCAUAGAUUGAGCAUUCAUGCAUCAUCAAAAGCCCCUUCAAGACAAGUUUAUUGCACAAGGGCUUGUGUCAAUGUCUGGUGUAGUAGUAAAAAUAAUGCAGAGGGAAAGAUGUUCCUACAAAUGAAAAUCAAAUAUGAAUUUCUGUUCCUUUCUGUUUAGGCAAAUCUGAAGCAAGCAAAUCUGAUCAAUGCAUACAGGUGUCACAUGUUCAUGCUAUGACUUAUCAUUUGCCCCCAAAUAAACAUUUAACAUUUUCAUGUUCAAAGUUGCUAUGUGGUAUUCCUCAGUAAAAAGAAAAGUAGUGUUGAAACAUAGGUCAACAUCCACAGUGCUUAAAGAUGUGUGCCACUGGACCCUGUAGCCCUGAAAAAUAGGAAAUUUUAAGGCUGUAAAUGGCUUAUUCUGAGGAGUCAUAACCAGCACAGAAGGUCAGAGGGCAAUAAAAGCUUGGGAAAAUUUCACCCUGAUGCGUGCUACAUUCCCCAAAAUAUUAUCAAAAAGGCUUGUGGCUCAAGUUGUCACGUGUCUCUCUCUGCUCUCUCUCAGCUGAAUGAUGUAGGCAUAGUCCACAGUCCGUCAGUUUGCCUUACGCAUACUCUCAGAGUUUGAAUGGCUUUUCUCUCUGUGUGGCAGCAGUCUCAGCCAGGCAGGCAGGACAUAGCAGCUGUAAUGGCAGAGAAAGCAGCAGCAGGAACACUAUUGACUUAUUCCCCACUGUAAUCAUUAAUGCUGGCUCUGCCUUCAGUACAUCAAAAUCAUCACGGGAGGCUCCAAGCUCAAUGAUAAACCAUUAAAUAAAAUUAUUCUUAGACUGUGAAUCAAUUCAGAACACUAAAUACAGAAGAGGUAAACAAGAGUAUUUCUUUUAUAUUUCUGUCAGUCUUUUCAAAACAGAAUCAAGAAAAUGUAAC